GGAUAAGGCAGCCCUCGACACGGCAACAAAUCAGUGGGAGAAAUAACUCAAGGAGGAGCAAAGUGAACAGGGUCAGGAAUGCCGGUGAGUUUGCUGACUUGCAGCGAUGGUUGAGCGUGGACUGAGGGAGCGGGGCCGACACCGGGAUACCGGAACACCAACCGGCGACCUCGGGUGAAGCGAGCCCGCCGUAUCCGUGAUGGAGAAGGGCCGCAGAAAUAGAUUCAGUCGUUCCACCUCUUCAGUGUGUUGGCGGCAUUGAGGAGCUGAGGUUGCAACCUGAUCUCUCUCGGGUGGUUCCCCAAAUUCCCGGGCUUGGAAGCCAUCUGGUCGGACAGUCAAGACGAGACCACACCGACGGGGAAAAACACGCGUUACUGAGCUGAAACAGACCCUCUGGCAAACCAGGAAAUCACUCAGCUCUGGAUCUAUAAAGGAGGCUUGAUUUUCCUGCUGCUUGAUGCUGCCACUUCCUUAAAUCUUGACUUCUCACCUAACCAUCUUGCAGAAGAAGUCUAUAAAUGGAUUUGCUGCAAAUGAGGGGUCUCCUCCUGACCAUCUUUGCUGCCUGUAUUGGUGGUACCUUCCAGUAUGGGUUGAACCUGACGAUCAUUAACGCACCAACAAUUUUUAUUCAAAUGUUCAUCAAUGAAACCUGGAUCGAGCGUUACGGCAAACCUCUGGAAAGUGCAGUAAUCACAUUGCUCUGGACUAUCAUCAUAACUGCCUUCUGUGUUGGAGGAUUGAUCGGUGCACUUAUUGCUGGACCCAUGGCCAUAACCUGUGGCAGGAGGAAUUCGCUGCUACUGAGCAAUAUUUUUGUGCUCAUUGGUACUUUGCUGGUGGGACUGAGCAAGACGGCCAAAUCCUUUGAAAUGAUUUUAAUUGGGAGAUUUUUUACUGGAAUAAACUCAGGUAUGGGAAUGAAUAUCAACCCCAUGUACCUCGGUGAAAGUGCACCAAAGAAGAUCCGAGGCAUAGUGGCCUUGUCAUGUGCUCCGUUCACUGCAGCGGGUUUAGUGACUGGACAGGCUUUAGGCCUUAGUGAGGUACUGGGCAGAGAAGAAACAUGGCCCAUCCUGCUGUCAGCCUCUGCAGUACCAGCUCUAAUCCAGCUCGCCAUUCUCCCAUGGUGCCCAGAAAGUCCCAGGUACUUGCUGAUCGACAGGGAGGACAAGGAUAUGUGCAUGAAGGCGCUAAAACAACUGCGUGGCAAUGCCAACCUGACGUCAGAAAUAGAUGAAAUGUUGGAAGAGCAAUCUGUACUUAAAGGUGAAAAUGCCAAGAAAAUAUGGGAUAUGUUCGUAGACCGUAGUAUCCGAAGGCAGUUGAUGAUCACCUUUGUGCUGGGCUCUGCCAUACAGUUAUGUGGGAAUGAUGCUAUGUACUACUAUGCUGCAUAUGUUUUUCGUGCUGUGGGAAUUUCUGAGAAAAACAUCCCGUAUGUCGCUAUUGGAACUGGGUGCUGUGAGCUUGUUACUGCAUUGACAAGUAAUCUGUUCAUUGACCAAGCUGGGCGCAGGCUGCUGCUUAUGGGAGGUUAUGGUCUGAUGGUUAUCUGUGGAAUAUUUUUCACCAUCUCAUUGGCUCUUCAAGACAAGAUUAGCUGGAUGCCAUAUAUGAGUGUAAUUUCCAUCUUUGCGUCCAUCUUAAGCUUUGGAAUUGGCCCAGCAGGGGUAACUGGGAUCAUUCCGAUGGAGAUCUUUGACCAGACUGCAAGGCCUGCAGCAUAUAUGAUCAAUGGAUUCCUUUUCUGGAUAAAUUAUAUUAUUAUUGGGUUAACGUUCCCAUUUAUCGUUGAGGGGCUGGGCAGUUUCUGCUAUGUGCCAUUCCUUUCCCUUAGCUGCUGCUUUGUUGUCUUUAUUGGAGUCUUCCUGCCCGAAACAAAAGGAAAGACCUUUCUUGAAAUUUCCAAGGAGUUUCAUAAGCAAAAUUUCAGAGGGCUCAAGUAGACCAAGUGAAGAUAAAGCAACAAAACUACGUUAAAGCCUGUCAAAACAAAAAUAACCAAGGAUUCCUUUCUUAAAAUAAGGAUUUAAACGUUCAGGACGAGAGAGAAGAAAAUUCAUCAUCUGGAGGCUGGUGAAUCUUAGCAAGUCUCUGCUAAUGUACUUCUGUGGAGGCUGAUUUGGUGCAUAUGUUACUCAGGGCCACUUUGUGAGGUACCUCCUACUCCUAAUAAAGUGGCCACUGAGUGUAUGUUCUGCUGCUGGAGCCAUGCUCUUCAAGGUUUGACAAGUUUUGUGUACUGAGAUGCUCUUCUGCACUGUUGUAGUGCAUGAUUGUUGUCACCUUCCAGUCAGCUUGACCAAGCCUGGCCAUUCUCCUCUCACCUCUUGCAUUAACAAGGUGUUUUCACCCACAAAGCUGCUGCUCACUGGGUGUUUUUGUGUUUUCUUUCACACCAUUCUCUGUAAACUCUCGAACCUGUGUGUGAAAACCCCAGGAGAUCAGCAGUUCCUGAGCUGCUCAAACCGCCAGGUCUGGCACCAACAAACAUUCCACAAUCAAAGCCACUCUGAUCACGUUUCUUCCCUAUGUUGAUGUUCAGUCUGAACUUUAUGGCCAUGUCUCCAUGCUUUAAGCACUGAGUUGCUGCUACAUGAUUGGCUGAUUGGAUGUUUAUGUUAAUGAGCAAAUGUGCCUAAUCCAGUGGCCACUGAGUGUACUUGUGGUGAAGGUUGAUUGAUUUUAGAGAUUUAGAGUUAGCAUGAGAAAAUAGUACUGAGUGGACAGAUUAGCCUUGAUAUUUAAUAGUGAGGUGUCUCUGGGCUACUUCUGUUUCUGAUGUCCAGUUAAUUACUGGUGCAUAAUAUUUGGUCAGGCGACAUUUGUGAGUUAGAAAGAGAGAGGUUGCUUAUGAUCUGAAACAUUAGCUCAGUUUUUUUUUAACCUAACCUGCUGAGUGUUUCCAGCAGGUUAGGUAGUUUCUUACUCUGCAUUUAAACAAUAUUCUUCCAUAUGCUUUUUUUCUGCCGUCAUGCAGUGUGGGGUAGAGCAGCUGAUCUUUGCUGUUAGUUUUCUCCGUCACUGGGCAGGGAACCUACAGCAGAAAUAGUUGUUGAUAAUCCAGGUCACAUGUUCAAGUAUCUGCAGAUUCAUUCAUAAAAUUGAUCAAUAGAACCAACAAUUUACUGAGCUCAUGCUUAUACCUUUAUGAGAAAUAAUUUCCCCAACUUUAGGCAGCCCCUAGGUUUUGUAUGUUUUUCCAUUCCUGACAACUGUAAGCCAGUUUCUCUGUACCUGAGAAAUACUCAUUUCCCACUGCUGCCCAUAUCAAAUCGCUCUACAUAUAAUUUCUAAAAUUCAUUCAUUUCAUUGUAUACUCACUCUCAUAAGUAAACUAAUUGAAUAUACAUGUAUCCAGUUAUUCACAAGUACCACAGAACAUUAUUAUGCUAUCUAGAUAAAUGUUUUACAGAUGUACACCACAUUUCCACAGAUCAGGCCAUCCAUAGCCUGGGAGCCUCUGUAGCUUUCGAACUUAAUGACAGGAAAUGCUGGAAGUACUGAUCUGGUUAUAAGGUGAAUCCAAAGUCGUGAAGGACUUCUUGACAAUGAUGGAUACUAAUCAAGAACCUAUCAACCUCUGCUUUAAACAUACAAACAACCUAGCUCCACAGGGCAGUGGAGGCCAAUUCUCUGGAUGCUUUCAAGAAAGAGAUUGAUCUCUUAAAGAUAGAGUCAAGGGAAAUGCGGAGAGGGCAGGAACAGGGUACUGAUUGUGGAUGAUCAGCCAUGAUCACAGUGAAUGGUGGUGCUGGCUCAAAGGGCCAAAUGGCCUACUCCUGCACCUAUUGUCUAAAUAAAUUCCUCCUCUCUGGUCUAAAGGAACAUCCUUGUAUUCUGAGGCUGUGCACUGUGGUUACAGUGUCUCCAGCUAUUGGAAGUUCUCUCUCCGUGUCCACUCUAUACUGGCCUUUCAAUAUUCAAUAGGCUUCAAUGAGAUCACUCUACCUUCUAAACUCAGCAAAUACAGUCCCAUGAAUCCACGACAUGCUAGCUGGGAGCAUCUGUAGUUGAAUAGCUUGGAAACCACCGGCCACAGCUCAGCUCAAUUCACAUUGAUCUGCGAUUCUGAUACUUCUGGGAUGCUGGAAGAAUCUGUAUGACAGCAGGAAAACCAAUUGCUUCACAACAAUCAAAUGUUGACAUUGAAAACACUAAUUCAUUCUCUCCAAAUGUACGGACAUUUAUAUGGAGAACAGUACAUGCACAGUUUAAAAUACCAAUAAAGCUGGAUAAUUAUAUAUACAUUUUAAAUUAUAUAAGUUAAGCACACUCUAGUCUUCCUUGUGUUCUUUAAAGCAUAGAAGCUGAAUCAUAAAUUAGGAGACACAAGUGCGUGAGAAAGAAUCUCUAGCAGUGCUGUACAUAUAGAUAAUCUGAAUGAAAAGUGGCAUUUAGUAAAUAAGCCAAUCUUAAAUAAGCACUGAAACAUGCUGGAAUUGUGAAGCUGAAGAUGUAAUUUUUUGACUUUUGUCUCCUUCCUGAUUUAUACCAAUUGCUAUUAAGAGCCUACCACAUGAAUCAAUAUUCUCAAUGCCUGCAUCAAUAAAUUAUUGAAGUGCCUGUUGAAGUAAUUGUAACAUUAAAUUAUUUAGAGUAUAAUUUCUGAAAGGUUGCAUAUAAAGCCAAUCUUUGAACAAUGAACAUAUCAACUGAACAGUGUAAAAUUAAGGAAUAUUUGUUAAAGUUACAUUCCCUUGUAACGAUGCCCCGCAUUGGUAUUAUAAUACAUCAGUUACAGUAAAGUUGGGUUUUCUUUCCAA